UAAAGGUUAAGUUCUAGGAUCCCAGCUCCUGCUAUUUUCUUGCAUUUUCCCAGGAAACCAAGCACAAGGUAAAUUUGUGUAAAUCGAGAUCGGAAUAUGGGUUUCUUGGUAACAACCCUAAUUUUUUCUGUGGUUGGUAUAAUUGCAUCAAUUUGUACCAGAAUCUGCUGUAACAGAGGUCCAUCUGCUAAUCUGUUGCACCUAACAUUGGUCAUUACUGCAACUGUUUGUUGUUGGAUGAUGUGGACAAUUGUAUAUCUAGCACAAAUGAAGCCACUCAUUGUUCCCAUUUUAAGUGAAGGAGAGUGAAGUUUCUUUACAUUAUUUCUUCUGAAUUCAUUGUUCAUUACAUG